GCUCAUAUUCGGCACUGUAGGGUCGAGUCGAUACGUUUGUAACGCUGCUGGGAAACAAUGUAGCGAAUGUUGGCUUUGUAGUUAUUAGACAGAAGGUUAUUGUAUUUUCAGGACUUUACGAUAAAAGGGCGAGGUUGAGUUUUUGGCGUAAAUGUUUAGUGGUUGUAAACUGUACAGCCCAGUUAGACAGCGUUGUAGUACGGCGCUUUACAAAGACUAUUUUCUACACUGAUUUUUCUAUAGCCUACUGUAAUUUUGCAAGUGUAUUUCGAUCAGUGUGCAAGAACUGUUUCAUUCUUUCUAUGAGGUUUCUGCUUGUUUUUAAUGGAUAUCAUAUUUGGAUUGAGAUCUCGGUAGACAACGGCGAGAUAUCCGGGUAAAUGUUCACGAGGAGGCACGGGACAGGCGUGAGACCCACAGCCUAGUUUAGGAACGUAUUUACAGUUUAACACUGAGAUUCAUCCCGCCAAUUUGACGUGAAUGCUAGCGACAUCACCAUGACUGCGGCAUGGGAGUGACAUGAUAGCUGGAUCAGACUUUUCCUCCGAACAACCUCAUAUCCUCACCAUGCCCAUCUCUCUUCAAACACACAAAACUGAUUGAAUGAACGACCACAUUGACAAAGAUUGUGCCAAAAUGGACGAAUCAGCACUCCUUGACCUGUUGGAGUGCCCGGUAUGCCUGGAGCGUCUAGACGCCACGGCGAAGGUGUUACCGUGCCAGCACACGUUUUGUCGGCGGUGCCUGCUUGGAAUUGUGGGGUCACGUGGAGAACUACGCUGCCCGGAGUGCCGCACGCUGGUGGAGAGUGGAGUGGAUGAGUUGCCGAGCAACAUCCUCCUGGUGAGGCUGCUGGACGGUAUCAAGCAGAGGCCAAGGAGGACGGGAACUGCGCACUCGCCGUGCACUAAUGGAACGACUGGAGCGGGAGUCCGAGGGCAGGCCUCGGGAGGUGGCCAGAGAGAUCAAGGUCCCACGGGGACACAGCCUCAGAGAGCUCAGGCCAAGACCACUCCAGUGAGGGGCGUUCCUCAGCUACCAUGUGCCAAGGCCUUGUACAACUACGAUGGGAAAGAACCUGGAGACCUCAAGUUCAGCAAGGGUGAUAUUAUCAUCCUGCGCCGGCAGGUGGAUGAGAACUGGUACCACGGAGAGAUGGGUGGAGUCCAUGGAUUCUUCCCCACCAACUUCGUCCAGGUCAUCAAACCGCUGCCACAGCCGCCCCCACAAUGCAAAGCCCUGUACGACUUUGAGCUCAAAGACAAAGAAGCAGAUAAAGACUGCCUACCGUUCUCAAAGGAUGAUAUUCUCACUGUGAUUCGUCGAGUGGAUGAGAAUUGGGCAGAGGGGAUGCUGGGAGAAAAGAUUGGCAUCUUCCCCAUAUCUUAUGUAGAGUUUAACAGUGCAGCUCGACAGCUCAUAGAACUGGACAAACCGUCUGAAGGUGUAGGAGACGCCAGUGAAGGGCCCUCCUUCGCUUCCUCAGGCCCCCAGGCCAACGGCUCUCAGAAACCCACCGGGGAGAAGAAGAACAGUAAGAAGCGACACUCCUUCACCUCCCUGACGAUGUCCCAUAAGCCCUGCCUGGCUCCUCCACCCCAGAGACACUCCAUGGAGAUCAGCGGGCCGGUUCUGAUCAGCUCCUCUAACCCCACAGCGGCAGCCCGAAUCGGAGAGCUCAGUGGAGGCUUGUCCUCCAGCGCACCUUCACAGGUCCACAUUUGCACAACAGGACUCAUUGUUACUCCACCACCAAGCAGUCCUGUCACCACGGCGACAGUUUUCACAUUUCCUCCCGAGACCAGCUAUGCCUCUUUAUCAGUGGAUGCUCUUCCCCCUCCGCCGCCUCCUCCACCCCAGUCACAUUCCACAGCUGUGGGCGCCGUCACAUCGAAUGGCGGCCAAAGACCGUUACCUGCUGCAGGUGAACAGAGUGGUCGUCAAAGACCCACAGUGUAUGUGGCGAUGUUUCCAUAUACGCCCCGUAAGGAGGACGAGUUGGAAUUGAGGAAGGGGGAGAUGUUUCUGGUGCUGGAGCGCUGUCAGGACGGUUGGUUUAAAGGAACAUCCAUGCACACGGGUAAAAUUGGAGUGUUUCCUGGUAACUACAUGAGUCCUGUCAGCAGGACUGGUAGCAGUCAGCCAAAAGUUCCUCUGACCCUUUGCUCUCAGACUGGGCGUGGUGUCACCAUUGUUAGCCCCUCCCCUGCUCCCCUCGGGGCCAUCCUGGGGAGCAUUGACCCCAGCAAACCCCUCCCAAUCUGCCCAAAUCCUGCUCCAACAUGCUCACUGCCUGCUGCUAUAGUAACAGCCGCACAUAUACCUACUGGACAGACGCCCAAAGUACUCAUGCAUGUUACAUCACAGAUGACCGUCAAUCAAGCCCGCAGUGUGGUCAGGACAGCUGUGUGUCACAGCCAGGACCGCCCAACAGCAGCAGUGAUGCCUAUCCAAUCCCACAAUCCCAUGGGCUACCAUCCUAACACAGCUGCGUGUCUCCAGCCAUCACCUGUUCUUGGCUCCAGCCCUGGAUCUUCGUCUGGCCGAAUGGUCGUGGCUAUGGGCUGUGCAGCCGCCUCCCUGACCCCACCAAAUGUUAAUGCUGCUUCUCUAGACAGUGAUGCCAUGAGACCCAUCACUGUGGUGGCAAUUCCUGGCAACACAAAGUCUCUUGGUGCAGGCUCGAAUAAUAGUGCUGCUUGUAAACUGGAUAAAGACUGCAAGCGAGAGAAGAAAGGCCUUCUGAAACUGUUGUCUAAUAAAAAGAAGCUCCGCCCAUCUCCCCCAUCAUCUCCUACACUGGAGGCGGAGCAGACUGUUGCCAUGGACAUGCCCCAGGGGGCUGUUGGACCUGAAAUGGCUCCGCCCAGCUCAGUGGUCAUUGGCGUUGGAAAUAAUGGUCGUGUAGGACCCUGUCCUGUGGAAUUUGAACUCUCUGUAUCCUCAUCUUCAUCAUCCAGCACAGAAGCAGCAUCACAUAGGAGCAACUCCCAGGACAACACUGCUCCAAUUGCCCCACCGCCACGACAACCAUGCUCCUCACUCCUUUCCAUGAAUCAUGAUGGACGACCAAUCGUGUGUGAACGGUAUCGUGUGGUGGUGUCUUACCCUCCUCAGAGCGAAGCAGAGCUGGAACUCAAAGAGGGAGAUAUUGUAUUUGUGCACAGAAAGCGCGAGGACGGCUGGUUUAAAGGAACCCUACAGAGGAACGGCAGAACCGGCCUGUUUCCCGGCAGCUUUGUUGACAGCAUCUAACGCACAUGAACAUUUAGAUAGAAAAUUCUCAAUGAUAGAACAUAGCAACACUGAACUACAAAGACAAUGGGACUUUUUGCGUGGUCACAUGACUGUGAUGCAAUGCUGAAAUUCGCAUAUUAUGAGGGUCAUCAGAUGCAUGGAUUUCACUAUACAGUCUAACUAAUAUAUACUACAGCCACCUCAACAGGUCCUAGUGUUUUAGCUGUAGAAUAUUUCCUUCAACAUUUUCUGAAACACGUGGAAGUUUAGCCGUUAGCACUAGGCACCCUGUUUCUAGCACAGUAGAGUAUGUCGUGAUGGGAUUUGUUAAUUUAUGCUGUAACAUUUCAAAGACGUUUAAUGUGUGCCUUGUACUGUCUCACUUUACUGUGUAUAUAUAUAUAUACGCAAACAAAGCUGAUCUGAGUCAUACGAACAAUAUGAAUCUCCUUCAGAAAUACAUGAGUUUAACUUAUUUUUAUUUAGUACAAAUGGCUUUUGGGGGGGGGUUAUGUCAGCUGAUAGGUCAAAUGCCUUUAGAAACUGAUGACAGUUAUGGUCAUGUGAUACCGGUCAUGGUCGUGUGAUUCUUGGAAACAGGAAACGGAAAUUAGAGGAUGAGCUCAGAAAGGUGCUUAUUGCCAUCCAAUCGUAAUAGUGUUUGCCUGAUGAAGUAUGAUUGGCUGUUUAAGCACACUGGAAAGUUCUGAGUCUUGUCAUUGCAAAUUCUGAUUGGUUGUGGUGUGUAUGACGUCACCAUGAAUUGAAUAAAAAGAUGAUUAUGGCAUUUUGUAAAAAUAACAGUAGCUGUGAUUUUUUGCUAAAAUGAGGGAAUGAAACAUUUAUCAGGCAUUUAAGUAAAUAUCACUACUAAUCCAAGUCUUGGGUUCUGCCUGAUGUUUUUUGGUAGUGGGGAAGAAAGUCUGAUUUGUUUCAAGCAGUGAAACAGCAAAAGCACCAAUAAAAAAGCACAGAUACACACAUUUUACUGUUAUUUCGGCCUGUUCCCCUUAUUGUAUAACAGUUGCUUUUCAUCAGCGUGCUGCCCCAUUUUGCACAACGAGACACCACAGACUUGUUGGUCCAUUUUUGAGCAACUAGAAUCAUCUUUAUAAGUUAUUACACACAUUAAUGGAUGGUAGCCUUUACAUAACAUUAAGUUUUCAGUUUAAGAAAAUCCUGUAUCAAACUUUUAACAAACGCAUAAUGGCAGAUUUCGAUGGCUUCAUGAACAUUGUUUUUUAAGUUGGGUCUGUUCUGGUAUUGUCUGCUGUACUUUAUGUGAUAUUUCAUGUUUUGUAUACUUGAAAAUAAUGAUGUUUGUGUAUUUCUAUGCUUCGUACGGUAGAUACAUUUUUUAUUAUAUUAUUAUUUUGAAAGCACAAAUUUGAUGUUUUAUAGAUUUGUUUUUAAAACUUGACAGAUCUGAUUUAGGCAGAUUAUUUCAGAUUUGGGUUAUUUCUCCAUCGUAGUUGAUUUUUAUUCCCCUUUUGGUUAUUUUGAUUCCUUUUAAAGAUGACCUCAAUGGUGAUGAAUUUAAGCAUGUAACACAGCUGAUUUUAUUAUUGAGCGUUAGAUUGAUUCACCUGAAAUGAGGAUCAUUUCACUGCUUGGAUCAAAGAAAUUAGGCCAGAUUUGAAACAAAAUUUUGUUUAAAUAAUUCACUGGAUGAUUUCAGACAAGCUCUUGCUCAUCUACACUAAGAUUUAAAGUCGACAAGUUACAUACUAGUCACACAGCAGAACAAAAUCUGAUUGCUGUUAAUUCAUUAAACUGAUUGUUAGUUACGAGGAGUAAAAAAAUAAAGUAAUAACUUUUAUAAAACUUGGAAUACUGUUAAUACUGGUAUGGUUGAGAUCAAUG